AUGAAUAAUAUCAACCAGGCUCUGGCUGCAUCGCUGUUACAUCAACAACAACAACAGCAACAACAGCAGCAACAACAACAACAACUGUUGAUGGGACCACUUUGGCGUACAGCUUUUUCUGAACAGCAGCGACAUGAUGUUAUCAACCGACUGACUGAUUUGGUUCGUCAAGGUAUUCCACCAAAUGCUCAAAAUGAAGAACGGAUCCGCAACCUCGCUGCCAGUUUCGAAUCUGGUAUAUACGACCGAGCUGAAUCUAGAGAUAAUUAUGUGGCAUUGCUGCAGCAAAAAAUGAUGGCAAUUAGCAAGCGAUUAACUAUAUCUCGAGAACAGAAUGCUGGAGCAGCCUCAAACACAUCUCCAUCAACUCAAGCGUCAUCUACACCACAAAAAACAACUCAGGCACAGCAGCAAUUGCCAGUCAAUCAGAUUGGCAAUCCACUAGAUUUGACACAAACCUUUUCCAAUCCUGCCAUGAUGGCUCAAUUCCUUGCUCAACAGCCACAACUACAGCAGCAAAUCACUGCUACAAUGAUUCAACAAGAACAUUUUCGUCAACAGCAGCUGUUGAAUAAUACUCAAUUGACAGGACUGACGGCUGCACAAAACAAUCAACUUUUGCAAAGAAACAUGACUAAUCAAGCCAAUGCAAAUACAACGACAAACCAGCAGAUUAGAAACGCCAUCAAUUUCAUGCAACAGCAACAACAGCAGCAACAACAGCAGCAGCAACAGAAUCAGCAUAUAAUGGGCUUGGCUAGUACGAAUACAAGCCCACUAGUAACCGCGUCUACACUUCCGGGAAAUACCCAAUUCCGUCCUACUGGCACAUCCUCUAUAAUAAAUUCGAAUACCUCGGCACGAGUCAAUCAGCAGCAACAGGGAGAAAAACAGACAGCAGCAAUAAUUCAGCAAGCAAAAAUGCAACAGAUGCAAUCUACUGCACCAUCAACACCAUCCAUUUUAUCCUCUUUAGGUUUACAGCAACAAAUGCACAUGCAACAAUCAGGUAUAAAUAUAUCUCCACUGAUGACAUCUACUAAUCACCCUGUUACAAGUAUGCCGAGCCGUUCUCAAGACUCUCCUGUUUCUUUAGGAAAUCACUUGACUGCAGGUCUUCGUUUAAACCCAUUGGCACUUAAUGAUAUGCAAAAACAAUAUGUCAACAAACGUGUACAGUAUAACUUUGCAUUGCUGCAAUUGAUUAGCCCGAUAUUUCAUAAUAUCGAUCACUAUGUGAAUGUGAUGCAACAGCAUGGAAAUGGUGAAAAGGAAAUGGAAAAAAUCACAAAGUUGUUAACAAUGGCAACACCAGUGGCAUGCGAUACGACCAUGACUCAUUUGGAGAAAUACAAGUCUUACUGUGAAGUAUUAGAAAAGGGUGGACAAACGGGAUCGCUUGGACAAUUUCCAAAUACAACUGAGGCUGGGCAUAUUGGAACACCAGGUAGUAUAAAUUCAUCCCAAGCGCAAUAUGAUACACAAUCUCCAAAACAAAGAUCCUUAUUUUUAUAUACUACUUCAGGGGAUGGACUUGCCACAAGUGGACCAGCAUCGGCCCAGCCCACGCCUACUUCUGUUACUACCACAGCGGGAGCAAAAAAAAAGCUAGCUGAUUCACCAAAUAGCACGGUUCAUUCACGCAAUCAUGCACCUUCGACACCUAAUGCUUCUUUGCUCAGCACGAGAAAAUCCAUACGAGCAAGCGGUACCAGUAAUGUAUCAACCAAAGAUACACUUGACUCGGUAAAAACACCUGAUGUUUUGGCGCAGCUUAUGAUUGAAAGGGAGUUUGGACUACCGACUUCAACAAGCUGCACUGCAUAUGGGUUUGGUGAUGCAAUGAUGCAGUUUGAAAGUGAUGAAGGUGUUGGUGAUCUAUGUGAUUUUGAUAUAGUCGGGGAUGACGACGAACUUAUAGAUGAGGCAACGUUGUUGUUUGGCAAUGAAUACUGUACUGUCGUGUCUCCAGAAAAAUCGACAGAGCUCACAAUUGGUGGCGAUCUCAAAGAGGGAGCGGAUGCGCGGACAUGGACAUUAUUGGAACAACUUACUCAGAUCAAGACAACAAUGACAAUGAUUACAGUACAAAAGUUUGAUUUGUUACCGCCCAAUGGACCCAUUUUGAUUGUAUUUUCGUGGGAAGGAGGACGACGCGUUGGAGUGCGUAUAGGCAGCGAGGCAAUGUUUAAUCGGCAAGAAUGCAAUGUGAAUGGGCUGCCUUUUCAGGUUGAAAUGUUGUGUGGAGUGGAUUUGAAAAAAUUAGAUGAUUCAUUAGCAAAUCUAGCACAAACACUUAAGCGACCUGUUGGGAUAGUUGAUAUGCUUCGGAUAGCUAUUGCAUUAUGA